GGCCGUGCAACGUCCAGCGUGAGCGGGCGGCUGUUGCCAGCUGCGAGUCUUCGGCCCGGCCAGGCUCGGCGGCGGCGGCCCCGGCGGCCAUGGAGUCCUACGAUAUCAUCGCCAACCAGCCCGUAGUCAUUGACAACGGUUCAGGAGUAGUAAAGGCUGGUUUUGCUGGAGAUCAGAUCCCAAAAUACUGCUUCCCGAACUAUGUGGGUCGUCCGAAGCAUGUCCGGGUCAUGGCUGGGGCAUUAGAAGGAGAUCUCUUCAUUGGACCUAAGGCAGAGGAACAUAGGGGGUUGUUGUCCAUCCGGUACCCCAUGGAACAUGGUAUCGUUCGGGACUGGAAUGACAUGGAGAGGAUCUGGCAGUAUGUUUAUUCCAAAGAUCAGCUGCAGACAUUUUCGGAAGAGCAUCCCGUUCUCCUGACAGAAGCCCCUCUAAAUCCCAGCAAAAACCGGGAGAAGGCUGCUGAGGUUUUCUUUGAGACCUUCAACGUUCCAGCUCUCUUCAUCUCCAUGCAAGCUGUCCUCAGCCUUUAUGCCACAGGCCGCACUACAGGAGUGGUGCUCGAUGCAGGGGAUGGAGUGACGCAUGCGGUACCCAUCUAUGAGGGCUUUGCCAUGCCCCACUCAAUCAUGAGGGUAGACAUUGCUGGGCGGGAUGUUUCCCGUUACCUCCGCCUGCUGCUACGGAAAGAAGGCUAUGACUUCCACACCUCCGCUGAAUUUGAAGUGGUCAAGACAAUAAAAGAGAGAGCUUGCUACUUGUCCAUCAACCCCCAGAAGGAUGAGGCCCUGGAGACGGAGAAGGUGCAAUACACACUGCCUGACGGGAGCACUUUAGAUGUUGGUCCAUCCCGAUUCCGAGCUCCUGAGCUGCUCUUCCAGCCAGACCUAAUAGGAGACGAAAGCGAAGGGAUCCAUGAAGUGCUUGCAUUUGCCAUCCAGAAAUCUGACAUGGACCUGAGGAGGACGCUGUUUGCGAACAUUGUCCUGUCUGGGGGGUCUACACUCUUUAAAGGUUUUGGGGACCGGCUGCUCAGUGAAGUGAAGAAACUGGCUCCGAAAGAUGUAAAAAUUAAGAUUUCUGCUCCUCAGGAGAGGUUAUACUCUACGUGGAUUGGUGGCUCUAUUCUGGCCUCCCUGGACACUUUUAAGAAGAUGUGGGUGUCCAAGAAGGAGUACGAGGAGGACGGGUCGCGGGCCAUUCAUCGGAAGACCUUCUAGGGCAGGGGUGGGGGUGGC